GUGACGCUGGCGUUGUGGGAGGAGCCUCGGCGCACUGAUAUUCCGACCGGGCGGCUCGGCGCGGCACUCAGCAAGUAUGGCCGGAGACAGCGAGAACCAGCUGAAGGACCGUGGCGACAACCCCAGCGUUAUUCGACAGCCUUUCCUCAUCGGUGUCUCCGGAGGCACCGCCAGUGGCAAGUCGUCAGUAUGUGAGAAGAUCAUGGAGCUGCUGGGGCAGAACAAGAUCGACCACCACCAGAGGCAGGUGGUGAUCCUCAGCCAGGACAGCUUCUACAAGGUGCUGACUCCAGAGCAGAAGGCCAAGGCUUUAAAGGGACAGUUCAACUUUGAUCAUCCAGAUGCCUUUGACAGUGAGCUAAUCAUGCAGACACUCAUGCAGAUCCUGCAGGGCGAGACUGUCCAGAUCCCAGUAUAUGACUUUGUUUCUCAUUCCAGGAAAGAGGAAGUUAUCACAGUGUAUCCAGCUGAUGUGGUCCUGUUCGAGGGGAUCCUCAUGUUCUACUCGCAGGAGAUCAGAGAUCUGUUCCAGAUGAAGCUGUUUGUUGACACAGAUCCAGACACGCGCCUCUCCCGCCGAGUUUUGAGAGACAUCAGUGAGCGUGGACGAGAGCUGGAGCAAGUGCUAGCUCAGUACAUUACUUUUGUGAAACCGGCCUUUGAGGAGUUCUGUUUACCAACAAAGAAGUAUGCAGAUGUGAUUAUUCCACGAGGAGCAGAUAACCUUGUGGCCAUCAACUUGAUAGUGCAGCACAUCCAGGACAUUCUGAACGGUGGGCUGAACAAGCGUCACAGCGGCUGCCUGAACGGCCACAGUACCCCACGUCAGCGGAGGACCUCUGAGUCCAGCAGCCGGCCUCAUUGACCUCGCCACACCUCUCUUCACAGUGCGGAGAGGGGUGUGGGGGUUGUGCUGUAAAUAAUGCCUGUUGAAAUCACUGUAUUUAAGAAAAGUGGAGAGGAAAAAAAAAAUGUAAAAAGAAUUGAAAUGCCUUUUAUUAUACGAUGACUACUCUCGUUCUUAGUUCCUUUUACCGUAAUUGUUGGACGUGGAGUGCAGAUUUUUGUCAGGAGGGUAAAAGAAGCUCUUAAGAAGAGACCAUGGGUUUAAAUUGACACUUUCAUUUUUCUCCCAAAUUGCAUUAUGUUUUUUUAUGUAUCCCCGCUGCUCCAUGGAAAAUUAUGCUGAUAAUGAAUAAAAGAGGGGAAACCUUUUUUAUUUUGUAAUCUCUGAUAAAACUUGAACCCCUAAUGGAUGGGGGAGUUGGCUGAGUUCCAAACUAGAAGUAUAUGGAAUAGAAGAUGAGUGUAACAAACCAGGAUUGCACUCUGUAUUUGUACUGACAAUCUUGGCGAUGUUUCCUACACUUUUUUCUGUUUGGUGUCUCAUUGUGUUGUUCCAUGUAAUUUGUCACACUAGAAGUCUGUUUACUACACAAAGUGUCCACCAUGUUGAUGCUGUUUAACAUCUGCAGCAGCAGAAACACGCCACAUGAAUUUUCUCUACCGAUCGUCACAUGCAGAAUAAGGUCGUGAGGGGCUCGACAGUUCAUGACUAUUGAAUCCAGUGGUGUGGGUAUUACAGUUGGGGGGACGCUUAGCCUAUUGAUGUAUUGGCUGUCCCUAUAAAUACUUAGAACUCACCUGCUCCUGAUACUUUAUCGAAGUAUUUAAGUAUAUCUUUUGGCCUUUAAAAGACAGAAUCAGCCCUGUUGAAUAAGAUUCAAUUAUGAUGUAUACUCAGGUUGAUUACACCAUUUGGUUUGAAAUGUCAGAAUUAAAAGAAAAGGGUAUGACGAGGGUGUUCAAUGCCACAGCAAUAUCAGCUAUUCCAGGUGUUUGGCCGUUAAUAUCCAGGACCCACCGCAAUGCCUCUGCAAAGUUGCCUCAGGUUUCGUUAACAUGUGCAGCCAGUAGCAACCGGUUUCCAUUAUAACACAAGGUUACAAUAAAACUGUCGAAACCA